AUGUCGACUGGAGUCGACAAUCAGCCCCAUAACAGCAAACCUGACGAUCUAGAUUCGGUCGCUCGCCAUCGCUCCUUUUCCCGCAGCAACGGUUCCGUUCCUUUGCAGUCAAUCGACCCCGGUCAAAUUGACAAACAACCCGCCAAUAUGGCACAAACCCAAAGAACGCGGUAUUUGAAGACGGGCGCAAUCAUUGCCUUCGUCUUCAUGGUUUUGGUCUGGCUCUCCCCGUCUAAGUCCACUGUUUCUAGUUUCACCCACGAACAACCCCCUACAAGCAAUGGCGCCGCGACUUCGCAAAAGUGCACCAAGCCAUUCGAUUCAUCCAAGCCUCUUAUCCAGUAUGCCCUGAUGAUCGAUGCUGGAAGCACCGGGUCUCGCAUUCACGUCUACCGAUUCAACAACUGCGGCUCCACCCCCGAACUCGAGAAUGAGGUCUUUGAACAAACCAAGCCCAAGCCGGAGGGGUCCGGCCUCAGCUCUUUCGGGGAUGAUGCUGAAGGCGCCGCCAAGAGUCUUGACCCUCUCAUGGAGGUUGCCCUAAAGUCGGUUCCCGAGGAGUACCGGUCAUGCUCCCCCAUUGCUGUUAAGGCCACCGCUGGACUUCGUGUUCUGGGCAAUGAAAAGAGCAUUAAGAUUUUACAGGCUGUCAGGCACCGUUUGGAAACCUCCUACCCCUUCCCAGUGGUGUCUGAAGAGAAGGGCGGUGUCCAGAUCAUGGACGGAUCGGACGAAGGUGUCUACGCUUGGAUCACCACCAACUACCUGCUGGGCAAGAUCGGUGGCCCUGAUGAGACCCCCACCGCUGCUGUCUUUGACCUGGGUGGUGGCUCUACCCAGAUCGUCUUCCAGCCUACCUUCGAGAAGAGCAAGGCCGGUGGUAUGCCCGAGCACCUCGCCGCCGGUGACCACAAGUACGAACUGAAGUUCGGUGGGCGCGAGUUCGAGCUUUACCAGCACUCUCACCUUGGCUACGGACUAAUGGCUGCCCGUGAAGCCAUGAACGCUGUGGUCCUUGAGAACAUGCUUGCCCACAGCCCCGAGGACCUCGCCUGGCUGAAGCAACCCAUCCCCAACCCUUGUAUUGGCCCUGGAAUGAAGAAGGAAGUCACCGUCAAGUUCCCCGCUAAUCACCCUCUUGGACCCAGCGUCAAGGUAUGGAUGGCCGGUCCUGAGGACAAGUCCAUGGCUGCCCAAUGCCGUGGCAUUGCCGAGAAGAUCCUGAAGAAGAGCGGUGAUUGCAAGCUCGCACCCUGCUCCUUCAACGGUGUGCACCAGCCUUCCCUCGCGAAGACCUUUGCUCGGGAGGAUGUGUACAUAUUUUCCUACUUCUUCGACCGCACCGCCCCCCUUGGCAUGCCAGAGUCUUUCACUUUGGAGGAGCUUCACCAGCUGACAUCUGCGGUCUGCGCCGGUGAGAGCCAAUGGAAGAUCUUCGAGGGUGUUGGGAACGCGCUGGAAGAACUUCGUGGCCGUCCCGACCAUUGUAUGGACCUCAGUUUCAUGAUGGCUCUUCUGCACACCGGUUACGAGUUGCCCCUGUCCCGCGAAGUCAAGAUCGCCAAGAAGAUCAAGAACAAUGAGCUGGGCUGGUGCCUAGGUGCUAGCUUGCCCCUCCUGAGCCAGGAAUCUGGCUGGACUUGCCGCAUCAAGGAAGUGUCGUAA